UGGCAGGAAGUGGAAGGGAGGGAGAGAGAGAGGGGGAAAGGGAGAGAUGGAGCGUGUGUGUAUAUGAGAGAGAGGCCGCGCGCCAGGAAAGAAGGAGGUGGGGGAGGUUUGGUGUCAAAGAAGUCUCCCCGCUUCUCUCGGCUGCUUCCGCUGCUGGUCGUCAAGGGGGAAGGCCGCCGCCGCUGCUGCCGCUGAGGGGGCGCGGUUGUCGGUGGCUUGUAGCCGCUGGGCCCGGCUCCGCCCCCUCCCUCCGCUUCUCUCCUUGCCGCCGCUUCUCCCCGCCCCCUCCCCAGCCGGGCCUAGCGAGAUUUUGAGACAAAUCUUCAAGCAGAAAUCAUUGGGACUUGGCACUAUGGAGACGGAAAGCGAGCAGAACUCAAACUCAGCCAGUGGCAGCUCAGGCUCUGGAGGAAGCACUCGCCCUCAAAUAUCACAAAUGACCCUUUAUGAGCGUCAGGCGGUACAGGCUCUUCAAGCACUGCAGCGACAACCCAAUGCAGCCCAGUAUUUUCACCAGUUUAUGCUCCAGCAGCAACUUAACAGUGCUCAGCUUCACAGCUUGGCCGCAGUCCAGCAGGCCACAAUUGCAGCCAGUCGACAGGCAAAUUCUCCAAAUACAAGCACCCCUCAGCAGACAGCCACCACACAAGCUUCAAUUAAUUUGGCCACCACAUCAGCUGCACAGUUAAUCAGCCGCUCACAGAGUGUGAGUUCACCUAGUGCCACCACCCUGACGCAAUCGGUACUCUUGGGGAAUACCACCUCACCACCUCUCAACCAGUCACAAGCUCAGAUGUAUCUUCGGCCGCAGUUGGGGAACCUGUUGCAGGUGAACCGAACCUUGGGCCGCAAUGUACCUCUUACCUCCCAGCUCAUCCUGAUGCCUAACGGGGCUGUGGCUGCUGUUCAGCAGGAAGUGCCACCCACUCAUUCUCCUGGGGUCCACACAGACACGGACCAGGUGCAGAAUUUGGCUGUCAGAAGUCAGCAGACCUCAGCAGCUAAUGCCCAGCUCCAGGCUUCUGCUCCAAAGGCUGCUUUACCAGGGAAUUCUCAGUCUUCAGUACUGCCACAGGCCACCCAUGCUGGCCAGACCUUGACAGUGACACAAGCUUCUUCUGGCAAUGUAGGGCAGUCUCUCAAUCUCAGCCAAGGGGCUGCAGGAAAUAAUGGAAUUUCUGGAGGUGUAGCUUCAUCUGUGGGGAAUCAUACUGCCUCUGGGUUGAGUCAGUCCACCUCAUCUGGCCAAGGGAGCAGCUGUCAGAGGAAAGGUACUGGCGUAGUCCAACCUUUGCCUGUAGCCUCUGCUGCCCAGGCCGUGACUGUGAGCCAGGGAAGUCAAACAGAGGCAGAAAAUGCAGCAGCAAAGAAGGCAGAAGCAGAUGGUAAUGGUCAGCAGACCGUGGGUAUGAACCUGACCAGGACAGCAACGCCAGCCCCAAGCCAGACUUUGAUCAGUUCUGCCACGUAUACCCAAAUCCAGCCUCACUCCUUGAUCCAGCAGCAGCAGCAGAUUCACCUUCAGAAGCAAGUAGUGAUUCAGCAGCAAAUUGCCAUCCAUCACCAGCAGCAGUUCCAGCAUCGACAGUCCCAACUCUUACACACUGCCACACACCUCCAGUUAGCCCAGCAGCAGCAGCACCAGCAAGCUCCCUCUCUGGCCCAGCAGCAGCAAGGACCAGCGCAGGGCCAGCAUCAGGGCCAACCUCUUCAGGGCCAACCGCCAGCUCAGACCCUGGUUGUCCAACCCAUGCUGCAGUCUCAGCCCCAGCCAGUGCAGCUCCAUCAGGACAGUCUUUGCCAGGCAGCCACAAAGUCACCUGUCCCAAUUCAGUCCAAGCCCCCAAUUGCUCAACUAAAGGUUCCCCAACUUGGUGCUGCCAAAAUGUCGGCGUCCCAGCAGCCCACACCUCACAUUCCAGUCCAGGUGGUGGGCAGCCGCCAGCAGGGCUCUGCUCAGGCUCAGGCACUGGGACUUCCUCAGCUGAAUGCAGCUGUGCAGGCUCCUCGGGGCUUGCCUGCUGUCGUCCAGCCGGUGUCCCAGGCUCACACAGCCUCCUCAGUGUCACAGACCUCGUCUGCCUUGUUUUCUUCUUCUCCACCUCCCCUACAAGAAGCACCUCCUCAACUCACUUCCGGAGUGAGUGUAGCCCAAGUCCAAGGGACAACACAGGUGAAGAGCACUGUUGCACCUCCAGUGAUGGCUCAGGCACCGCCAGCAGCAUACUAUGUGCAGCCUGUCCAGUUACCAAGUAAGCCACAGACCUUGGCAGUCAAGCGCAAAGCAGAAUCAGAAGAGGAAAGGGAGGAGUCUAGUGCCCCACCACCUCUCCUGGCUGCCAAAUCUCCUGUGGCAGAGAGUCCUAAAACCACUGAAGAUAAGGGUGGCCCUGGAAAUGAAGGGAACAGGGAGAAAUCAGAAUCUUUUCCCAGUGCUACUACAAAUGCAUCCCCAAGUGAUCCCACCUCUGUCACUUCUACAGCUGCUCCUGUGCCCACCUUGGCCAUGUUGUCCCGUCAGAUGGGAGACUCCAAACCUCCACAAGCCAUUGUCAAGCCUCAGAUCCUUACACAUAUUAUAGAAGGCUUUGUCAUUCAGGAAGGGGCAGAACCAUUCCCGGUGGGUUGCUCUCAACUGAUAAAAGAUUUUGAAAAGCCUCUUCAAGGUGGAGCUCCUACUAGGCAGACCGAGAACCAGUCUAGCAACUCUCCAGGAGGGGAAAGUGUAACAGCAGAACAAGACAAGAAAGCGAACCUGCUGAAAUGUGAAUUCUGUGGAAAAUAUGGCCCGGCCAAUCAGUUCCGUGGUUCUAAGAGAUUUUGUUCUGUAACAUGUGCCAAGAGGUACAAUGUGGGCUGUAGUCACCAACUUCGGCUGCAAAGAAAGAAAAUGAAAGAACUCCAGGAAGCAAAUUAUGCCCGUCGGCGACGUGGACCUCGGCGCAGCAGCUCAGAGAUUGCUCGAGCCAAGAUCCAGGGCAAACGUCACAGGGGCCAAGAAGAUUCAAGUAGAGGAUCCGAUAACUCCAGCUAUGAUGAAGCUCUGUCCCCUACGUCCCCAGGACCCCUUUCAGUGAGGCCCAGUCACGGUGACCGGGACCUUGGCAGCUCAAAUAUGAUUCAACCUAUCCCUGACCUCCAUGGCAUCAAUCCAGUUUUCCUAUCCAGCAAUCCCAGCCGCUGGAGUGUAGAGGAAGUGUAUGAAUUUAUUGCAUCCCUACAAGGUUGCCAGGAGAUUGCAGAGGAGUUUCGCUCUCAGGAGAUUGAUGGUCAGGCCCUCCUCCUUCUGAAGGAAGAGCACCUCAUGAGUGCCAUGAAUAUCAAACUGGGCCCUGCUCUCAAGAUCUGCGCUAAGAUUAACAUUCUCAAAGAGACCUAAGAACAUGGAAAGACAGACUGAUUCCCUCUUGUAGACUGCGACUCUUGCCCCAGCUUUUCAGCGUAGAGGGAACUGAUGGAAACCAAGCUCUUAUAAGCCUGUCCCUUGGUGCUACAUAGAGAACAGCUCCCUUGGAGUCCUUAAAGCAUUUCAUGUUGCCUGCAAGUUCUCUAGCCUGUGACUUGUUCCUGAGGGCAGCAUGGCAAAGAUGCUGAUUUAUUCUGUGCUGAGGCUUCUUAGUGGAAGGGGUGAGGGAGCYAUUUUUCUUCUCAGUACCAGAGUUUUUGGAUGUUCAUGUUCUCCUUCCCAUGGGAUUUUUCUUCUGCACAGAUUCACAGAGGAUCAACACACCUUGCUUAUUUUUUUCUCUUGCCGAGGAGGGGAAGCUGAAAGAUUACAUUUGGAACUGAAGUUUUURAACAACAWCAUGUUCCUUUCUUGGUGUUGACUGGAAGUCAGUAGCAAACUGACCAUCUAGAACACUAAAGCUAAAGUAUUGUGGAUCAUUUGAAGGAGAAGAGCUUGUUCMUUCCUAAUGGAACCCUUCCCUAGACAACAAGAGCACUUUUGGCUAURGCAUCAGAGGAGAAUGUCUUUUAAAGAUCAUAUAAUUCCACUUGUUUGUGUUGUGUGUUUUGGAGAUACCACCCCAGAUCCAAAGGAGAAUCCAAGUGUACUGAACUCYAGUUGUUUCUAUCUUGCUUCUAAAAGUUUUCUUUGUUCAGUUUUGUACUUUGCCCUCCCCCUGAGAGAGCAUUUGGGACAAAAGCUUCUUCUUGCAGGUUUGUAUCUCUUAUCAAAGCCUGUAUAUUUUUCUUUAUUAUACAAAUAUUCUGUUCCUCAGUAAAAAGAAUGCUUCAAAAA